AUGAGUACUGAUAUUUCUGUAGGUGGUUUAGGUGGUAAAAAUGCGGCUGUCAAUCAGUGUGUUGAUGUUACAAUAAUUUCUAGGUAUAAUUCAUCUGAAAUAACAGUUCGUUGCCUUGUUGUCGAAAAUAUUGUCAGCUCAGUGGUUCCCAACCAAUUUUUCGAAAUAAAUUCGUGGAAUUUACCAUCUCAUUUAUAUCUAGCUGAUCCAUAUUUCAACAUACCCGAUGAUAUUGAUAUAUUAUUGGGCCUAGAUAUUUUUUGGAAAAUUUUGAAAUCUGAAAACUUCAAUCUAGGUGCAAAUUUGCCAAAGUUGAAGGAGACAGAAUUAGGUUGGAUCAUUGCCGGUAGUUUUAGAACCGCUGAGACGACUCAAGGUACCAUGGUAUUCAUACUUCAGUUAAGUAACAACGAACUUCUCAAUCAGAUGAAAAAAUUUUGGUCAAUUGAGCACCAAAUUUCGAAUUUUCCGUUGACAGCUGACGAAUUAGCUUGCGAGGCUAUUUAUCAAAAAACUACUUAUCGUCAGUCCGAUGGUCGAUUUGUUGUCUCUUUACCUUUUAAAAAGGAUCCUGCUUUAUUAGGGCAGUCUCGAUUUGAGGCAUUGAAACAAUUUAUGCACUUAGAAAAGCGAUUAAAAAAUAACCCUCAAAUGAAGGAAAAAUACGUUUCAUGUAUGAAUGAAUAUAUUGAGCUAGGUCAUAUGGUCGAAAUUUCUGAAAAUCUUGAGAGUAAUUCAGCUCCAAAGCAUGUUUAUUAUGUACCGCAUCAUGCUGUUAUCAAUCCCAGCUCAACUUCAACGUCUCAACGUACUGUUUUCAACGCCAGUAUGAAAACGUCAUCUGGUGUUUCCUUAAACGAUCUUUUAUACACAGGGCCAGUUGUACAACCCAAGUUGAGAGGCAUUCUUACACGAUUCCGAUUAUAUGCGUAUGUAAUGACUGCUGACAUUGUUAAAAUGUAUCGGCAAAUUCGGAGAAAUCCGGAUCAUACUGCAUAUCAGAGAAUAUUUUGGCGAAAUUCUCCGGAAGAAAAAUUGAAGGUUUGCGAAUUGACAACAGUUACAUUUGGUGAAAGAUCAGCCCAAUAUGAAGCAACAAGAACUUUGAAAAAACUUGCUGAAGAUUAUGGGGCGAAUUUUCCAAAUGCAAAAUCUGCCAUUUUAUCAGAUUUCUAUGUUGACAAUUUAUUAACCGGCUCAAAUUCUUUGGAACAAGCUAAGGCCACUCAAGAGGAGCUUAUUGCUCUCUUGAAUUCUGCUGGUUUACCUCUCAGCAAGUGGUCCUCGAAUUCUCCGGAAUUAUUAUCCAAAAUUGAUCCAUUGAAAAUUGAGCCAAUGUCUCGUGUUAGUUUUGAUGACAAAGAAAUGGUCAAAACUUUGGGUAUGUACUGGGCUCCUUGCGACGAUACUUUGAGAUUUUGGUUCGAGAAACCAAACGUGACUGAGGCGCGUACCAAACGCCAAAUUUUGGGCAUAAUUGCUUCAAUUUACGACCCAAUGGGCUUGGUUGGGCCAAUAACAGUCACAGCGAAGUGUUUCAUGCAAGAAAUUUGGAAAUUUAUAGUGGAAGACGAAAAACGAAAAAUUUACUGGGAUGAAACAGUGCCGGACAAAAUUUUGAGACCUUGGCGAGAGUUUGCAGCGCAACUUCAUUUAUUAAAUAAAAUUUCGAUACCUCGACACAUCACUCCUAGCAAUACUUCGAUAAUUUAUGAACUCCACGGAUUUUCUGAUGCGUCAUCUCGCGCUUAUGGAGCAGUUCUCUAUUUGAGAGCUAUUUCUGGUAAGGAGGUUCAAGUACAUCUUUUGUGCUCGAAAUCUCGCGUAGCUCCUUUGAAAGAAAUUUCCAUACCUCGAAUGGAAUUGUUAGCAGCCGAAUUGCUGGCUGAAAUGGCGCAUGAGGUGGCUUUGGACUUAUCUGUUCGAGUGAAUAUCGCUUCCAUCAGGUUAUGGAGUGACUCAAAAAUUGCUCUUUCUUGGAUUGGUACUCAAUCAUAUAAAUGGAGUGUCUUUGUGGCGCAUCGAGUUACUAAAAUACAGAGUCUUUCUAAAAAUAGCCAAUGGGACUAUGUUGAGUCAACUAGCAACCCAGCCGAUGUAUUAUCGCGGGGAGCAAAUCCUAUUGAUUUAUGUAAGCCCAACCAUGUGUGGUUUUUUGGACCAACUUGGUUGAGAAACUCAACUAGUCCUUGGCCUGAUUUCUUAAAUUUUGUUCCAAAUCCCAACGAAUCAGAAGAGCGAAAAACUGAACGAGGUAUAGCCAUGGUAGCAACUUCAUUCCGAAGUAAUUUGUUCAACCUCGUAGGUUUACCCGAUACGGGAACAAAUUCCUCAAAACUCGCUCAUAAAUUAGGUUACAAAUCGUCCGAUCCGAACGAACUCAACGCCUUGACGCCAGGGCAUUUUCUUAUUGGCGGACCAAUCACAGCAUUGCAAACCAUCGACUAUACAAAUAUUCCCAGUAAUCGAUUGAAACACUGGGAACAAAUUAAUAAACUGACUCAAUUAUUUUGGAAAAGGUGGCAAUCCGAAUAUCUGAAUACUCUUCAACAACGUUAUAAAUGGCAAUUGCCUGGUGGCGAAUUAAAACUAGGUGAUUUUGUCGUAAUUAAAGAUGAUCAUUUGUCUCCUACGCAGUGGGCCUUAGGUAGGGUACUUGAGUUACAUCCAGGUAAAGAUGGUCCACAACAAAAUCCGCAGACAGAUGGGUCCAAUAAUAUUGUAAUAGCGGAUAACACAGAGAAAAGUUAG